AUGGCAUCCAUACGCCCCUUCACUGCCGUAGAUCUCUUCUCCUUCAACCCCACCAACCUCGACGUUCUCACUGAAAACUACGACAUAAGCUUCUACCUCUCCUACCUCUCCAGAUGGCCCAAACUCUUCUUAGUAGUCGUAUCCCCCACAGGGACAAUAAUGGCGUAUAUUAUGGGAAAGGCUGAAGGCGAGGGGAAGGAAUGGCACGGUCACGUUACGGCUUUGACGGUUGCACCGGCGUACCGACGGCUCGGGCUGGCGAAAGUACUAAUGGAAGAGUUGGAGAGAGUUAGUGAGGAAGUUUAUGAUGGAUACUUCGUCGAUUUAUAUGUGAGAGUUAGCAAUGAGCUAGCAGUGAAUAUGUAUAAGAAAAUGGGGUAUAGUGUCUACAGGAGGGUGGUGGGGUAUUAUAGUGCUGGUGGUGGGGCAGAGGCUGAAGAUGCAUACGAUAUGAGGAAACCGAUGAAGAGAGAUGUCAAGAAGGAAAGUAUACGGGAAAAAGGAGAAGAAUUUCUCGUCAGUCCCGAGGAUGUUUAUUAA